GUCACAUUACGUCAUCACGCCUGCACUAGGAAUUGCAAGAUGGCGGAGAGUGCGGAAUUGAAGCAAAUGGUGAUGAGCCUGCGCGUGUCAGAGCUGCAGGUUCUGCUGGGUUACGCGGGCCGCAACAAACACGGGCGAAAACAUGAGCUCUUAACCAUGGCCUUGCAUCUCCUGAAAGCCGGCUGCAGCCCCGCCGUGCAGAUGAAGAUCAAGGAACUGUACUGCAGACGCUUCCCCACCAAGAUGGGCUCUCCCUCAGAGCUGGUCCUGCCCGGACCACACUACCCUGCCUCGGGAGGUGUGGCCGGAGGAGGGGGCACCGCCGCCCUGCCUGCCGGCCUCAGCCAGUUGGCGUAUGAGGGCCAUGGGCAUGGGGGAGUACCCUCGCCGGCCGCCCUGCUGCCCAUCUCAUUACUGGGGCCUGGCAAGCACGAGCUCAGCGGACUGGCGCACCACCUGCCCACCUCGGCCACCCUGCAUCCGGUGCACCCAGACGUCAAGCUGCAGAGGCUGCCCUUCUACGAUAUGCUGGACGAGCUCAUCAAGCCCACCAGUCUAGCGUCGGACAACAGCCAGCGGUUUCAGGAAACGUGUUUUGCGUUCGCACUAACGCCGCAGCAAGUCCAACAGAUUAGCAGCUCAAUGGACAUCUCGGGGACCAAAUGUGACUUCACAGUACAAGUUCAGUUACGGUUUUGUCUCUCUGAGACGAGUUGUCCUCAGGAAGACCACUUUCCGCCCAAUCUGUGUGUGAAGGUGAACGGGAAGCCAUGCAACCUCCCGGGCUAUCUUCCUCCAACGAAAAAUGGUGUGGAGCCGAAGCGCCCCAGCCGGCCCAUCAACAUUACCUCAGUGGUCAGACUAUCCACCACAGUCCCCAACACCAUCGUGGUGUCUUGGACCUCAGAGGUUGGAAGGCACCUUCUGUGUUUUCAGAGCUACUCUAUGGCGGUUUACCUGGUCAAGCAGCAGUCGUCCACAGUACUGUUGCAGAGACUACGGUCCAAAGGCAUCAGGAACCCAGAUCAUUCCAGAGCACUCAUCAAAGAGAAGCUAACGGCAGAUCCAGACAGUGAAAUCGCCACCACCAGCCUGCGUGUGUCGCUGCUCUGUCCGCUGGGGAAGAUGCGUCUGAUGAUCCCAUGCCGGGCGCUGACGUGUUCCCACCUGCAGUGUUUUGACGCUACGCUGUACAUCCAGAUGAAUGAGAAGAAACCCACCUGGGUUUGUCCCGUCUGUGAUAAGAAAGCCCCUUACGAACAUCUCAUCAUUGACGGGUUGUUUAUGGAGAUCCUGAACAGCUGUGUAGACUGUGAUGAGAUCCAGUUUAAGGAGGAUGGCUACUGGGCCCCCAUGAGGACAAAGAAGGAAGUACAGGAGGUCUCGUCAGCCUCCUACAGCAACGGACUGGAAGGCUUGCAUCGGUCGGCGGUAGGGGAGCAGAGGAGCUCGUCGUCCCACAACGGGGGCAGCAGUAGGAUGAAGGUGGAGGUCAUCGACCUAACCCUGGACAGCUCCUCAGAGGACGACGAUGAUGACCAACCGCCCCUCAAGAGGCCCUGCCCCUCCCUGUCCCCCACCUCGCCUCCCAUCGUCAACAAGGGAGUGUUGAACCUGCACCACCAGGUGUCCCCAGUGAGCCGGACCCCCAGCAUGCCGUCUGUGGACACCAGCUACAUCCCCCCUGUACCUCCCCUCAUCCAGGACUACCGUCCAUACUACCAUGCCCCAAACCAGCUCACAGAUCUGAAUUUCUUCUCCUUUCUACAAGGGGACAAUCAUCAGCAUUACAACAUGGUGAUGGCCGCCGCCGCUGCUGCCUCUGCCUCAGACGACCACGAGCUCCUUCUCAACCACUUCCGUCCCUACACCACCUCCUCGUCCUCCUCCCAGCUGUUCCUGGACCAAUCUGGGGCGCCCUCCUCUGGCUCGCUGGCGCCCGUCAACGGUGGUGAUGGUGGAGGAAACAGCAGCGGUGGCAGCAACAGUAGCCUAGUAUCCUCUAGCAGUCUGAGAGACACUCACAGCACACACUCCACACACUCACACACACACCCCACGCACUCACACACACACCCCACGCACUCACACACACACCCCGGCGUAGGAGGUCGGUCCAGUGCUGAUGUGGCGGCGGCCGCAGCCCUCUACGGAGCCAUCCCCGACGUGAUCUCACUAGACUGACGAUUUUGUUUUAGGCGACUAGCGACUGACUCCGAAACAGAGGGUUUGUUGGUUGUUUAAUGGAGGAUGCCGUCGUGACUAAACUGACCCAGAAACAGUUUAACGGUCCCACCCAGUCUACAGCUCUGGUUUUGAGUUGUGUCGUUAAGGCUGACUCCAGAACAGUGGAAUACCUGUCUGUGGCGGAGCCGGUCCCGAGGUGACGUUUGACUGGGCUGACCUAGGAACAGCUAUAAAGUCACACCCCACAGAUGGAUGGGAUUGGCACCUAGUGUUGCUAGACUGACUCCAGAACAGUUAUCGGUUGGUAGCUGGCUCCCUGACAUCAUACCACUAGACUGAUUCCAGAACAGUGAGAUAUCAGAAAGGUCUCUGGGUUUCAUCUCUGAAGUCGACGGACUAGACUGGACCUAGAUCAGCUCCCUGCCGGUACCUACCAGAAACUCUAGCCGUGCAAAAACGGAGGAAGGCUCUUUUUUUUGUAUGAAAAGAGCAACGCUGUGUACAGAGAACAAAAAGUAUAUUUUCUCUUUUUACUUUUGUAUAUUAAUUAAUUGAAGACUUUUUCUGUCCCGUAAGUAACUUCAGUUGCUGUUUUGAAGUGGAGACUGAAGAUGUAUCCACACAGCUAUACAUACGUUGCCCCGCGAUAAUCUGAACUUGAAUAUCUUAUUACUUUUCUUUGGUUUUUAUCCUGUUAGAUCUGAUGGGGAUUCUCCUCACACAUCCAUGGCAUUACCUCUUGACAUUUUCAACUUAUCAAUCUCUCUCUACUCUUCAUUUUGAAAUCACAGUUGAAUUUCUUCUCCAAGACGAUAUCUUUUCCCUGGUUGACUUGUUUGUUACUGUAUAAUUUGUUUUGUGUUAUGCAUUCUAAGUUAUAUGUAAGAUAUAUGAAUAAGUCUCUCUGGAUAAGUGGGUCUGCUAAAUGACGUAAAUAUGAAUUCCCUAAGGACUUCAGGUUGAUGCUGUGAGGAGUGCAUAGCUAGGUGGGUAAUAUUAGACAUUUCUGCUUUUCGUGUCUGUAAAGGGCCAGUGCAGUCACAAUUCUGUUUUCCGGUGUUUUUAUCAUAGUGCACAACAGCUGAUGAAACUAACACUGUAAAAGUGUGAAAAAAACGUAAAUCAGUUUUAUUUCCUGAUAGUUGCUGGUUGAAAAUAAUCUACACAGAACCUUCUAAUCAACAGGUUUACAUGGUGACAUCACCAUGUGGUAAAUUGGUUACUAGACCAAUAGCAAAGAGACUUCCAAACCUCUCUGCCAAUAACAGCUAGUUUUCAGUUUCCCCCCUUCCCACCCAGACCACUCCCAGACCACUCCCAGAUCACUCCCAGCCCAGUCUCAGACAGUCCUGGCAAAAUUAUUGCUUUAGAAUGUUUUUUUCCCCUAAAAAGCUAAUUCUGCCCAUUUUUAUGGAAAUCUAUUACAGUAAGGUACUUCAUGUUACCCAGAAAUGAUUUGAUAUUGAUAUAAAAACGGCUGCAUUGGGCCUUUCAUUUCUCCCCCCCUUCAAUAGACCAUCUGUGCAGUCAUUAUGCCCAGUAUUUCAAUUUGACAACAUUUUAGCAGAAAAUGUGUUCACAUUUGUAUGGUUAUGAAAACUAUGGUAGACACAGAAUGCCUAUUUAACUUGAGAAAUACUCUACAGUCAUUUUAUGCUUUUAUUUGAAACCUCGUUAUAUUCUGUUUUUGCUUUGGUUUUGCUUAUUCAACCACUUUUGUCACCUUUUGCACAAUACCAAAAAUGAAGUCAACCCACACAGAGUGCAUGUGUAUCUGGGCGCUACAUUGCUUUCAGUCAAGUAUCCUCAACCUAUCACACGCUCUUCCUCUCUGUUUUCACCUGGUUGUUUGUGAGACACUGCAGCUAAACUCAUAGCAGAGAGGAGUACCCCGUAGAGACGGAGAGGAGUACCCCGUAGAGGCGGAGGGGAGUACCCCGUAGAGACGGAGAGGAGUACCCCGUAGAGGCGGAGGGGAGUACCCCGUAGAGGCGGAGGGGAGUACCCCGUAGAGACGGAGAGGAGUACCCCGUAGAGGCGGAGGGGAGUACCCCGUAGAGACGGAGAGGAGUACCCCGUAGAGGCGGAGGGGAGUACCCCGUAGAGGCGGAGGGGAGUACCCCGUAGAGGCGGAGGGGAGUACCCCGUAGAGGCGGAGGGGAGUACCGCGUAGAGGCGGAGGGGAGUACCGCGUAGAGGCGGAGGGGAGUACCGCGUAGAGGCGGAGGGGAGUACCGCGUAGAGGCGGAGGGGAGUACCCCGUAGAGGCGGAGGGGAGUACCCCGUAGAGACAGAGACAGACGUAUCUACUGUGUUAUAAAUGCUAUGGGGAUAUUGCUAAUAUGAGAGGCAGUUUCCAUCCAACUCAACUUUGACCAAGUACAUUGACUCAGUCAGAAUGUGACCUGGUGAAAUGGUGCUUUGAGUGAUAGAUAAUAUAGAGACAGAAUACAGACAGAGGAAUUUACACAGUGAACAUGUAACUAUAAUAGAAUGAGUGAAUUACCAGUCAGGAUAUAAAGGUAUAGGACCAGGCUCAGGCUAAACAGUCACUGCUGGUUAAAUAUACAGGAGACUCUCAUCAUUGGAACUCAACAACUGCCAUGUAAGCUCUUUCAGAAGACAAAGAAUGUGUCAGGAUCCAAACAAUGACAGCAAUGUUUGUCACUUUUUCCUGCUGAAUCAGUUUUCCGCCAACAUAGACAAUAUGAAAAAUAAAAUACAGGAUUUGUUCAGGCUACUGUACUGACUUUUACAACUUUCCAAAAUCCCUGCUUUAGUGAUAGUCACAAUCAUCACAGUCACCUACAGUCACAAUCAUCACAGUCACAAUCAUCACAGUCACCUACAGUCACAAUCAUCACAGUCACCUACAGUCACAAUCAUCACAGUCACCUACAGUCACAAUCAUCACAGUCACCUACAGUCACAAACAUCACAGUCACAAUCAUCACAGUCACCUACAGUCACAAUCAUCACAGUCACCUACAGUCAAAAACAGAUGCUUUUUUUCUUUGUUCCCAGAGAGGGAGAUAGGGAGGGGGAGAGAAAGGGAGGGAGAGACUAUGUUGAAGUCAUUGACAUUACCUUGUCCGUCAACCUUUUCUGUCUGUCCGUAGCCCAUUCCACCAUUCUGCGGAGUGUCUUUGUAGAGUCAGGCUUUUCUGCAGUGUCAUUCUCUCAAGGUGUUUGUGCUUCAGUCCUCUUCUCUUCCACAGCGCUUCACUUCAAGCCUAAUUAGCUUUCCCCUCUUGAGGUAGAUAAUCGCUUGCGACAGCUUCCCCAAUCACUCUCCAUCUAGUAUCCUGAACCAGAGCAAAUAACAGGUCAACUUUGCAGCCAGUCGAUAUGGAGACCUUCCUGUCUUGUCACCACCCCCCUUCUCUCCUACUCUUAACUGAUUGGUUCUUUGAUAGCAUCAGACGUGUUUUAAAAAUGUCCUCUCUGUAUAAACAAUGUUGUGCAGUAUUUUAUUUAUUUUGUCAUCUAUAUAUAUAUAUUGGAUCUAUUUUUACACCUGUUUGAUUUUCAUGGAUGUGUGUGUGUGUGUGUGUGUGUGUGUGUGUGUGUGUGUGUGUGUGUGUGUGUGUGUGUGUGUGUGUGUGUGUGUGUGUGAGGACAGAGUUUGGGAAGCGUUGGUUUAGGCUACCAUGGUUUAGGGUAGACCAACAAAGUGAGACUAAGAUUUGGGGUUAGAGGUUAGGAGUUGACCCAAUCACAAAUGUCUUUAUUUAUUUGGAUGAUUGAUUUCUUUUUGUUUCAGAUCUGUUAUUGAUGUCAUUGCUCUAGAUCUCUGUGAUCUCUUUUGUCGGUUUUUAAGACAAAGUGAGAGCAGACGUCGUAGAAUGUGUUCCCAUUUAAAAUGCUACGUGUAACCUAACAUGGGCAUGGAAUGGCCUUAUUGUGAAGUCCUCUCCCACUCUCCCCCCAUUGGUAAUAUUAUGAUGUCCGUAUCACCACCCCCCAAUCCCAUGUGUUUCAACAGUGUCAGUUCCUCCAGUGUUAGUUUGGGUUUUUGCGUCAUCCAAAAACAUGAGAUGAAAUUAAUUUAUAUAUUUUUAGAUAGAAAAACCUGUACAAUAAAGUGGACUUUAACCUAAAAAGGGUCCAAUUUACUAAAUUAAUUUCAAGAGCGGAUAAGUUGACAGCUGCACCCACUGCCUUAACCCCCAGAUUCUGCUUUCAUAUUUCCAAACAGAGAAUUAAACGGCUUUUCAAGGAAGAUGAAACGUUGUACAGUAGACCAAUGUGUUGUAGAAAGUACUAGGUGAAAACAGAAUAUUUAUUACUUGCGUUGGAAGAAAUUGUUUACUUAUUGAAUGUUGUCUGUCUAAUGUAUAGGAGUUUAGAUGUAAUAAAAGGAAUUUUGUUAA